GGGCAAAAAAUGAUGAGAAGCAUGAGGGCAGUUCUGGUGCUGGUGGUUGCAGUCUUAGUAUGCAUCUGGGGGAAUAUUCACUUGGCGAGCGCAGACAUGAGCCCCACCGAGUGCAAAGAGGAGAGGAAACUCGCUGGUAACGCGUGCCGGCCAGUGCUCUAUGGGAAAGACCCAUCUGCAAACUGCUGCCAGUGUGUUCGAGUUACCCAUGUUGAGUGUAUAUGCCCCUACGUCUCUCCCAAGGUCGCUUCCAUCGUUCGAGCCUAUGGUCUUAAAAAGCUCAUUAAGGAAGUUGAAGGGUGUGGAAGGGCAGUUCCUCACAAUUUCAAGUGUGGGAGUAUCACUGUUCCAUGAGGAAGAAACCCUACUCGGUUUAAUAUGAAUAUAGUUUGAGUUACCAUGUUUAAAUACAGAGUGUCAGUCCUACUCUUGCCAUGUUUGUGAGUCGAAUAUCUCCUUGUGGUCCUGUUGUGCUAGUAUGACUUUACUAUGAAUAAAACAAGAGAGAAUGGCAUGUUUCUUGUA